CUGUUCUGUCCAGCAUCUCUAACUCCCUGUCAGGUGUUGCUGUGCCCUGUGUGGGAGACUGGCAUGUGGGGUUCACGCGUGGUCCGGGAUGGCAAUUCCCCUGGAGCAGGCUCUGGCCGUGAUGGUCUCGACCUUCCACAAAUACUCAGCAAGGCAAGGUGACAAAUUCAAACUCAGCAAGGCUGAGCUCAAGGAGCUGCUGACCAAGGAGCUUCCGAGCUUCCAGAGCAAGCAAAUGGACGAUGCUGAAUUCCAGAAGAUCAUGAACGACCUAGAUGUCAACAAAGACAAUGAGGUGGAUUUCCAGGAGUUCGCCUGCUUCUUAGCCUGCGUGGCCAUGGGCUUCAACGACUUCUUCAAGGAUCAUUGCCAGAAGCAGCUGCGUAAGAAGUGACCCCAGACGCCUGCGGGACCGGGAUUCCUGAG